AUGAAGUUCACCCUAGGCCUGGGGUCGCGGGCGUGGAGAGUGUCCUGGGAGCGGGCGGCGGCGGCGGCGGCGGGCCCGGGGGCGGGCGGCGGCGCGCUCGGCAGCGGCGCACGGCGCUCUCCCAGCCCGCGGCCCGGCCGCCGCGGCUCUCGGCUCGCGCGCGCCCUCCCUCUAUGCCUCUCCCGCGGCGGCGGCGCCCGAGUUCUCCCGGACCGCGCCGGGCCCAGCCCCGGCCGCCUCGGCGCCAGGCAGCUGGCCGGCCCGCGCGCCAUGGAGCAGACGUACGGCGAGGUGAACCAGCUGGGCGGCGUGUUCGUCAACGGCCGCCCCCUGCCCAACGCCAUCCGCCUGCGCAUCGUGGAGCUGGCACAGCUGGGCAUCCGACCCUGUGACAUCAGCCGGCAGCUUCGCGUGUCCCACGGCUGCGUGAGCAAGAUCCUGGCGCGCUACAACGAGACGGGCUCCAUUCUGCCCGGGGCCAUCGGGGGCAGCAAACCCCGCGUCACUACCCCCAACGUGGUCAAGCACAUCCGGGACUACAAGCAGGGCGACCCCGGCAUCUUUGCCUGGGAAAUCCGCGACCGGCUGCUGGCCGACGGCGUCUGCGACAAGUACAACGUGCCCUCCGUGAGCUCCAUCAGCCGCAUCCUGCGCAACAAGAUCGGCAGCCUGGCGCAGCCCGGGCCCUACGAGGCAAGCAAGCAGCCGCCGCCGCAGCCCGCGCUGCCCUACAACCACAUCUACCAGUACCCCUACCCCAGCCCCGUAUCCCCCACGGCUGCCAAGAUGGGCAGCCACCACGGGGUCCCGGGCACGGCCGGCCACGUCAGCAUCCCCCGUUCCUGGCCCUCGGCUCACUCGGUCAGCAACAUCCUGGGCAUCCGGACGUUCAUGGAGCAAACAGGGGCCCUGGCGGGGAGCGAGGGCGCCGCCUACCCCCCGAAGAUGGAGGACUGGGCUGGCGUGAACCGCUCGGCCUUCCCCGCCGGCCCGGCCGUGAACGGGCUCGAGAAGCCGGCCUUGGAGGCGGACAUUAAAUACACUCAGUCGGCCUCGGGCCUCUCCGCAGUGGGCGGCUUCCUCCCGGCCUGCGCCUACCCGGCUUCCAACCAGCACGGCGUGUACAGCUCGCCGGCCGGCAGCUACCUCGCCCCGGGCCCGCCCUGGCCACCGGCGCAGGGCCCCCCGCUGGCGCCCCCCGGGGCCGGCGUCACCGUGCACGGCGGGGAGCUCGCCGCAGCCAUGACCUUCAAGCAUCCCAGCCGAGAAGUGGCCGACCGGAAGCCGCCCAGCCCCGGCAGCAAGGCCCCCGACGGCCUCGGGAGCUUACACGGACUGCCCAUCCCGGCCUCGACCUCCUAG